AUGGACGUUGACUCUGCAGAUGCCUUGCUUCAGUGGGCCUCGAAGUUGAGUGACGAUACCAAUUUCUGCCUCCUCGAACAAUACUUUCCAGAUGGACCCGAUCAUCCGUUCGCACAGACGAUGAUGGGCCACUUUCACAAGUUGCGGACUCCGCUUUAUUCCAUCCACAAUUAUCCUUCACUACGGCAACAAGAAGAGCGGUUUAUCAAUGCCGGCUGGAAGGAUGUGGACGUGAAAAGUUUAUGGGCUUUAUGGGGCGACUCUCAAUUCCUAAACGAUGCGCAGAGAAUGGCUCUCGAUGAAUUCGAAGCAUUUGAUGAAUGGGAAGAAUUUGCACUUUUCGCCUCCCAUUACUUUCUACUUCUCGCAUCGACUAAAGCCUCGAUGACGAACCAUAAGAUAUAUCACGUUCCGGAAAAUAUGGUGACUCCUUCCCAGGAUCUCAAGUUAACUGCUCAGUGUCCUCUUAAGUUUAAUGGCCAGAGGCGCUUUGGAUCUAUGGUCCCAGUUAACGGAAAUAUGGUUGGUUUACACGGUGGCUUGGGACUUCAAACACGUCUUUCAUCGACACAGGUAUAUAGCGCCUCAGAGGUGGAGCACUCAAUUCAUGACAUUCCCCCAACAAGCGUUGGGGCGCGCAUGUGCCAUUCCACGACCACCUUUGGCAAACGUUGUUUACUUGCAGGUGGCAGGUCUUCGCCAACAAUGCCAUUGGGUGACUGCUGGUUAAAAUCGGACGGAAUAUGGAAUCAGGUCGAUAGUCUUCCGAUUCCAAGUUUCCGGCAUUCUACAGCAACUGUUGACGUCGGACCGGGGGACGAACGCGUGUUAUUGUAUGGAGGCAAAUCAGAGAGUGGUCGUGUUUUGGGAGACUUCUUUUUAUGGUCUGAACAGAAAGGCUGGAAUCAGAUAUCCUCCGCAGGAGAGAUUCCGCAGCCACGAUUUGGGGCUGCGAUGAUUAAUAUCGACAGCCAGUCGGGAAUAAUGUGCGGUGGGAUGUCCCAAGAUGGUGUGGUGCUGAAUGACAUCUGGGCUUGGAGGAUAUCCUCAUCGAAAGAAUGUGAUAUGGUCCUGACAUUAGACGACUUAACAGAAAUAUUUGCGGCCUCGACUCCGUUGUUCAAGUGGUUGGGCAGACUCGGCUCAACCAUCAAUAAUAUGGGAAACAAAAUCGUUAUCACCGGUGGAAUCACCAGUGCCGGGUGCAUUCCUCAAGCAUAUGAGAUCAUGCUUUUAGAUUUGGCGGCUCUGCAUUGUUUAAUGCAAGGGCAACCUCUACAAGACAACCUUCUAACACCACUGGGGCUAGGGGUCGACUUCAACGGCCCGCGACCACUGCUUGUAGGUCAUUCCUCAUCUCCAGUCGAAGGCGGCAAAAUUCUGAUAGCCGGCGGCGGGGCGGUGUGUUUCUCUUUUGGAACGUUUUGGAACGGAGGAACAUGGCUCUUGCAGGAUGCAGCGCCAGAUGCUACUAACAGCUGGUUGGUAGUCGAAGUAGCCAGCAAUUCGGAACAAGGGCCAGCAAGAACAAUAGCCGGGACGCCCCAGCCGAUUAUAAACAAUCAGGACUCACUGGUUACGAUUCCCCGGAUCAAGAUUACAAGUUCUCAAGAGUUUCGGACCAUUGUUGACAAGUCAAAGCCGGUGAUUCUAGAAGGUCUCGAUAUCGGGCCAUGUGUGAGGCUGUGGACAAAGGAGUAUCUUCAGAAAUCAGUUGGGAGUGACAGGAAGGUCGUUGUUCAUGAUUCGCGAUCGGACCAUAUGGAUUUCCAGACCAAGAACUUUGACUAUGUGACGAAAUCGUUUGGAGCCUUCAUUGACGAAGUACACAGUGGCUCUCGACAAUAUCUUCGAGCGAUAUCUGCCGACAAACCCUCUGAAGAACCUGCCAGCCUUUCAACAGAUUUCCCUGGUCUCAAAGACGAUUUCCAGUUGCCGCCUGAAUUAUCCCUAGUGUCAGAGAAUGCCCACAGCUCCCCGCUCAGGAUAUCGGGGCCGGUUAUCCUGUGGUUGCACUAUGAUGUUCUCGCCAAUGUCCUCUGCCAGGUUCAAGGCGAGAAGAAAUUAAUCCUCUAUCCCCCAAGCGACGUUUCAAAACUGGGCUUCGCUCCAGGUGCCUCAAGCUCCUCGAUCAACAUCUUCCGCAAGACCACGGAGCACCAUCAGCCCACUUCGCCACCGGGCACCACUCCGCACGAAGCGGCCAUGAAACCAGGAGACAUUCUUUUCCUCCCACCACUCUGGCUCCACACAGCGUGUCCUACCGACGGCGUCAGCGUCGCUGUCAACGUGUUUUUCCGCAAUCUCACACCCGGCUCCUACGCACCCGGACGGGACGUGUAUGGCAAUCGCGAUCUACACGGGUAUGAGAAAGGGCGGCGAGAUGUGGAGAAGAUUGCUCGAUCAUUUGAUCGGUUACCCCGCGACAUUGCCCGGUUUUAUCUUGAUCGCCUGGCCGAUGAGCUCAAGGAGAAGGCGGCCACGUGA